AUGCAGCCAAAGCAGCCCGCACAGUUCGCAGCGCCUGCUCCUCGUGCCCCUGUGCAGUCUCCAAACACGGACAACGAGUUCCUAAAGUACGGGUACCCUGGCCCCAUCUCCGAUUUCAUGGUGCGUUCGCGCUACGCUGCCUCCUACAACCGCGCCCUGCGCAACCCCUCCUGGGUCGCUGAGCACUUGACGCGCGACAACAUGAAGGGCACUGCCGAUCGGGCCCUGCCAACCGCACCGACAUCCCCUUUUCCUGAGGACAAAUCGCUCCCCGAGCAGUUCCGUGCGCUGCUGAAGGACUACUCGGGCUCUGGGUAUGACCGCGGGCAUAUGGCACCGGCCGGCGAUGCCAAGAUCAACAUGGAGGCUAUGACAGAGACCUUUUUGCUGUCAAACAUGGCCCCGCAGGUCGGCAUUGGUUUUAACAGGCAUUAUUGGGCCUACCUGGAAGGGUUUGUCAGAGAUUUGACAAAGCAGUUUGACGAUAUCUAUGUUAUUACUGGCUCCCUUUUCUUGCCUACCAAAAACGAAGCGACAGGAAAAUGGACAGUUACAUACGAGGUCAUCGGGAAUCCACCCAACGUUGCUGUGCCGACUCACUUCUACAAGAUCAUCCUGGGCGUGACUGGCGGUUCAAACUUUGCCCUUGGCGGAUUUGCGCUGCCGAACCAGAAGAUCGACAGCAAGACUGAGCUCUCCACAUUCUCGCAGCCAAUCGAGUACAUCGAGAAGGCCUCUGGGCUAACCUUCUUUGACAAGGUCGACAGAUCCAAUGUCACCGAGCUUUGCAAGCAGAUUGCAUGCACGCUGACCAAGUAAAUGAUCGUUGUUCAUGCUUUCUUCUCAGGAUAGUUUUAUAUAUUUAAAUGCCAC